CGCGGUGUCAUUUGUCCAUAAUGGCCGGUGGUUCGGGUACAAAGGUGGUGCAAAUCACCAACAUUGCCCCACAGGCCACCAAGGAUCAAAUGCAAACGUUUCUGGGGACGGUAGGGAAGAUUGACGAGAUACGUCUGUAUCCAACCAUUCGGGAUGUGUCAUGCCCUGUUGUGUCACGUAUCUGCUACGUGAAGUACUUCGAGAGCAGCUGCGUUGCCGUUGCACAGCAUCUGACCAAUACCGUGUUCAUCGACCGUGCCGUAAUCGUUAUCCCGGUUCAGGGCGGCGUAAUUCCCGACGAAUACAAGGCACUGGAGAUGGCCGCGAACGGUACGCUCGUGCCGGGAUUGCAUAGCUUCAACGUGCCGUCGAAGCUACCGCCGGAGGUGGUAAACAGAAUUGACGGAAUGAUUCCGAACCAGGUGGUAAAAACGAUCGACCCAAAGCUGGAGGAGAACGGUUUGCCCGAGUAUCCGCCACUGCCGGUGAACUUUGACGCGAAAAAGAUCGAGGAAACGCGUCGCACCGUACUGGUGCUCGACGUGCGCUCGGACUGGAGAUUGGAGGAACUGAUGGAUCACUUCAAGCCAGCGGGAGAGAUCAAGUACGCGCGGUAUGCUGAGAACGAUCGCACCAAGUUUGCUCUGUUGGAGUUUUGCGAUCAACGUAACAUCAUCAACGCGCUGAAGAUGCAUGGUACCGAAUUUCGUGGUUACCGGUUGAAUGUGCAUCAUUCGACCCAACCUAUCGUGAAGCCGGAGGCCAAGAGCAAUGAAGCGGCUCAGAAGGAAAUCGAAGAAGCCAUGACGAUCGUUAAGGAAGCUCAUCAUCAGAUAUCGAACAUGGAACCGGUGGUGACAUUAUACCCGAAGGAGAAGGGUAGCAGCCGCCGUAGGUCGCGAUCACGCACGCGUUCUAAAGAGCGCCGUUCAAGAUCUCGCUCCCGGAAACGGUCCAAGUCGCGUAGCAAACGGUCACGCUCGCGGAAACGUUCCCGAAGCCGCUCGAAGCGUUCGCGGUCACGCCGCUCGCCUUCGAGAAGUAAGCGAUCUCGCUCGAAAUCGAAACGGUCGCCGUCGCGCAGCAAACGGUCGAGGUCACGUUCCAAGCGUUCGCGCUCUCGAGACCGUCGCAAGCGUUCCCGUUCGCGCCGUCGCAGCCGCACGCGAUCCCGCGAGCGUUCUUCGCGCAUUCGUCGGUCACGUUCGCGGUCGAAGAAACGGUCCCGCUCGCGCGAGCGACGUGAUCGUAGCCGCGAUCGGAAGAAAUCCCAUCGUAACAAGGAGGAACGCCGUCGUCGUUCACGAUCACGGUCCCAAAGCCGCAAGCGAUCCACAUCCCGAAGUCGUGCCAGCCGCACGAAGGAAGCGGUCACCAAAUCAUCAUCGAAACGUCGCAGCCGCACCCCAUCGGACAAGAGGCUGAAAAAAAUCCUCGAGGAAGCGGUCAGCCGCGAUUACGAUGCAGAGGAACGUAUGGAUUCGGGUGUAGUCGGGGUAGAGGAUGAUGCGGGCAGCACUGGCAAGCAGUCGGUAUCGCCGCCAGCACAGACUGCCGGUUCCGGUGGAUCCAGUUCGUCGUCAUCCUCUUCGGGAGGAACGAACACAGCAGCAGCUGCCGCCGCAACCACACCGCGCGAGAAAACCGCCAGUCCAACGACGGAGAAAUCCGACAACAUGGACAUUUCCAACUCUCCGUAA